UCUGUCUAAUUAGUAGCCCAUUAUUAGUACAUAAAAACUGAAAAUUUGUGUCUGCAUUGUGUGUGAAGAAACCAAGCUAGACAAUCAAAAUUUAUUUUUUUUUUGUUUUUCCGCGGAGCACUAUGAGGUUGUUGUAUGUUUUAAGCAUUCUAAUUUAUACAGUUUUAUCUUACAAGGUCAGUUAUGAAAAUUACAAAGUUUAUAAGGUACAUCUCAAAGACAAUGCAGCAAAGGAGAACUUUUUGUUAAUACACAAACAAAUUCCACACUUGGAUAUAUGGGGGGAGAACCAUGUUACUCGCACACUUGAUGUUAUGGUUAGUCCCAAAGAAGAAAACAAAUUUACUGAGCUUCUUAAAAUGUAUGGAAUACCCCAAGAAAUGGCUGUAAAUAACGUAGAAAGUGUUUUGAAAGAUUCGUUAUCCCAAGCGGAGACGCGCAGUGGGGAGUUCAAUUGGACUUCUUAUCAUAACUAUGAUGUUGUUUAUGCCUGGCUGGACUCCUUGGCCGAACUUUACCCCAAGAAUGUGACCACUUUCAUUGCUGGUUACUCCCAUCUUGGGCUCCCAAUUAAAGGAAUUAGAAUACAAUUAAAAGAAAAUGCUACACGAGUAGCUCUUAUAGAUUCAGCACUUCACGCAAGGGAAUGGAUUAGUGUUGCUACGUCAACGUAUAUUGCCAAUGAGUUUUUGACCACCAAAAAUGAGACACUCAAAGCCGCAGCUGCGGAGAUAAUCUGGUACAUGUUACCAAUAGUUAAUCCAGACGGCUAUAAUUAUACUUUCUUUGUGGACCGAUUACAUAGAAAAAAUUUGCAAAUAAACGCUACUGUUAAUUGUUCUUCAUACACUGGGGGUAACGGUAUUGGGAUAGAUUUAAAUCGCAAUUUUGCAUAUCAAUGGAUGGCGAACGGUGGUGCCAGCGAUUGGCCUUGCUCCACACAGUACGCCGGACCAUAUCCAUUCAGCUCACCCGAAGCCAGAGCCUUUAGGUCUUUCUUGGAAGGCAUAGGCAAAAAUUUACAAUUGUACUUAACGUUUCAUUCUUAUGGGCAAUACAUACUUUUUCCUUAUGGACACACAGUAAACCCUAUAGACAACUAUUACGAGCAGUACACAGUUGGCAGAAUGGCAGCAGAUGCCAUAGAAUCCUACUAUGGAAAGAAAUACAUUGUGGGAAAUAUUGCUGAAGGAGUGUAUCUCUCAACGGGGGGUAGCGACGACUGGAUAAAAUAUACGUAUCAGACUAGACUUGUUUUCUGCUACGAAUUAAGGGACGAUGGAUAUUAUACAUUUUUGUUGCCACCUGACCAAAUCAUUCCCACCGCUCAAGAAGUUUUGGCUUCAAUUCCUGUACUUGUACAACAAUUAAUAAGAUUUGACAAUUUGACUUUUACAAGAAAUUCGACUUCAAAAAAUUAGAGCCAGAUCUACUUCUGUUA